AACUUUUCAGUGAAAUGACAACUAGACAAAAUAGGUUGAACGAAUUUCCUAUGAAAAAAUUACAAAAUUUAUAGAUUUCCAACCUAAUACAUGAAAGUAAAUAGGUUUAAUACCAAUUUAUUUUCACGUAUAUACAUAUAUAUUUUUUUCUGAGCGGUGAGAUGGAGGACUAUAGUAUACUGAAGUACGCCACUUAUGCGGAAUAUUUGGCGUCCUUUCCGAGAAUCGAGGACCAUCGUUAUUUGCAGGAUGUACCAACAAUCGACAAAUUAACCAAAUUAGGUUAUCGCACCAUGACAACGGUUUACGAUGAAGGUGAAUUUUAUCGUGCCAAACUCAUUAUGGAAAGUUCUGCUGCCCCAAAGGUUACAUCAAAAAUGAUUUAUAGCAUGUACCUAACUGGCGAUGAUGCAGUGCUCCAGGCAUUGGCAAAGCGCGAGAAGCCAAAUGUGCUUCAGGAAAUAUCGACCAUAAUCUAUAUGCAAGUACGCCGAUGCAAUGGAUUUGAUAUAUCUGGUUAUAUUGACUACGAAAUGAGUUUGCGCCAGGCCAACAUGUGUUUGCCAGGAGCAGUCGAUUGGCGAGCCAUUUUCGAGGGACAGAAGCUACUGUGUCCAAGGAUAACCGAUCUUGGUUUCUAUGAUUGGCGCACGGGCGAUGUGUUUGACACCUCGAAUGAUAACUAUCAGGUGGUCUGCCAUCCCGUUUAUGGCAUGUACUUUAUGCACAAGGGCGAUCAUAAGAUCAUUCCGGUCACCACCAGGCCCAAUCCUCACUCUGACAAUGUGACGCGAACUGUUUUCCAAUCCCCCUUAUACAAUUUCGUUGUCUUAUACGAUCAUGGCGUUCGCAAAAAGAUAUAAUCAUCGAUGCCCAUUUAUUGAACGCCGAUUUCAUAAAAAUUUACAAAAGGAAAAUGAAUCGUUAAUAUCAACCGCCCAAUAUAUUUCAAUUGCCAAAUAUUAAUAAAACCCACAAUUAUCAUAACAUUAAA